AUGCGUCCCAGUCCUCCCUCACGCGCCCAAGACCCCAAAUCUCUACCCAAGCCCACUCGGAGCCGGGUCGCCCCGUGGCGCGAACCCAGCCGGUGCUGGGGGUGCGGCCCCGACCCCAGCCCCGCCUCCCCCCGACCCCAGCCCAGCCUCCUGCACCCAGGGCUCCAGACCCCCAACCAGCCCAUUCUGGGGCAUCCUGGGGCUCCAAACCAGCCCGGGCUCCUUCGCCCGGGGCUUCAGACCCCAAACCAGCCUGGGCUGGUGCGUGGUGGACCUCAAAACCAACCAGGGUUCCUUCACCUGGGGCCUCAGACCCCAAACCAGCCUGGGCUGGUGCAUGGUGGACCUCAAAACCAACCAAGUCGUCUUCACCCAGGGCUUCAGACCCCGAACCAGCCUGGGCUGCAGCACCCUGGGUCUCAAAACCGGCCAGGACUUCUUCGGCCGGGUCUUCAGACCCAAAACCAACCUGGGCUCCUUCUCCCCAAUCUUCAGACCCAAAACCAACAUGGGUUGGUGCACCCUGGGGUUCAAAACCAACCUGGGCUCCUUCGCCCGGGUCUUCAAGCCACUGGGCUGCAGCACCAUGGGUCUCAAAACCAACCAGGGCUCCUUCGCCCAGGUGUUCAGACCCCAAACCAGCCGGGACUACAGCUCUCUGGGUCUCAAAGCCAACCUGGGCUCUUUCACCCCCAUCUCCAGACCCCAAACCACCAUGGGCUGCAGCACCCCGGGUCACAAAACCCACCAGGUCACCUUCGCCCAGGGUUUCAGACCCAGAACCAGCCUGGACUGGGGGGUGUCCAGUCCGGCUUCACGCCCGCUGGCACUCAGACCCAAGCAGGCUUCGUGCGCCCAGGAGCUCAGCCCCAAAACCAGCCAGGCUUAACUCGCCCCAGCCUUCAGACCCAGUCCCAAACUGGUCUCCUGCGCCCCGGCCUCCAGAGCCAAGCUGGGCUGGUGCAUCCCGGCCAUUCCCGACCGGCUCUGGCGGGCCCGGGGCUCUCAUCCCGCCCGGGUUUGGUCCGUCCUGGGCUCCAGGCUCAGCUCCAGCCGG